AUGUGGGGAAGAGGCCUUCUUCUGGCCUCCACGGCCGUUGUUGGUGUACGUAGCAACCCCGGAGCGAACAACGUCGAACCAUGCGCAUACAUUGCAACUCUACAGUCCGAAGGCGCGUCAUCUUUCCCUGCUGGAUCCGCAUUCGACUGUCUCAACUCAGUACCAGUGGACGUGGAAGGCGACAAGAAGCUUAUCGACGAACUCAAAAUCGCAUGGCAGUGGCACUCAGAUAUCUCGUGGCUCAAAAACCCGCCAGCAGACUGGGAAGAUGGGUCACUAGAUCUGAUUGCUGAGCUGGACAAGAUCAAGAGUAACCUGGAACAGUUCGAGAGCGAGUAUCAGGUCCAGAUUGCUAUUCAGAAGAUCACAGUGCGCUCCGGCAAUUUCCACCUCAACUACAUACCAGACAUUCUGCAGGUGUUUGGUUGGCAGAGGGACGUAAGCCUCGUGGCGCUGUCAGACGAUGGCGUCAAAGUGCCAAAGCUUUACGUGACCUUCGAUGCGCUGAAGGUCGCCGAUGGCAACAUCACCGAGGAGAAGAUAUCGGACAUCACCAAGAUCAACGGCGCGGACGCCUGGCCAUAUCUGGAGAACCUCGCGCAAUGGGAACAGUACCGCGACACCGAUGGCAGACUGAACAGCCUGUGGGCCAAGGGUGAUACUCUCACUCCUGGUGCUUUCAUGAUGCAGUCUCGAUUCGAUGGUGCUGAGACCAACAUUACCUUCGCCAACGGGACAGAGAUUGAGUACAUCAACACUGCCUGGACGAACGAAGCCUUUAAGGACGUAAAGGAUGGCAAGUCAUUCUACGAAAAAUUCUGCAAGGGAAGUAUCUCCGGUGUGGAUGCUGCCGAUAACGAGCUCAUCUGGAAGCCUGAGUUCAAGAGCAAGCGUGGACCGACAGCUGUGCCUCCGAACGGCGAACACCACAGCAGCCUUCUACACAGGCGAGAGACCCCCGCCGUCUAUCAACGCUUCCCUGAACCUGUUGUUUCUGCGGAUAGCGGUGGUGUCGCUGGAUACUUCCUUGACGGCGAGGGCUACGACGACAUCGCCGUCCUCAAGAUUAUGAGCUUCGCCCCCGAAAAGGACCCAUAUGGUCUGGAGUUCCAAACCGUGGUUGAUCAGUUCCUUGUCUCGUCCAAGAAUGCGAACAAGAACCGGCUCAUCAUCGAUUUGCGUGAGAACGACGGUGGCUCCAUGCAGUUGUUGCUCGACACGUUCGAGCAGUUGUUUCCUCACCGGGCUCCAUGGCAAGGCGCAAGGUAUCGGGCCAACCCCCACUUCAAGCUCAUUGGCGAUGCUGUCAGCGAGAUCUACAACAACGACACGAUCCAAGACUACUACAAGGAGACGUGGAAUGGCACUUUCAAGGAGCACUACAGGCACUGGGCUUACUCGCACUUCUUGGACGCGCAGAACAAGGGUUUUGAGAGCUGGGCACAAUUCAAGGGUCCAGAGCUCUUCAACGGCGAUCAAUACACGAAGACAAUGAGAUACAAUUUGUCCAACGAAGACGAUAUCUCAGUCCGCUUGGGAGGCUUCAAGUUCACGGACGAGACCAAUCGCACGACAGUCUUCAACCACACCGAUAUUGUCAUGUUCACCGACGCCCUCUGCGGCUCCGCCUGCGCCGCCAUCCACGAAGAGUUCAAGAACAACGCCGGCAUCCGCUCCGUCACCGUCGGCGGACGCGCCAUCGAAGGCCCCAUCCAAGCCGUCUCGGGCAACAAAGGCGGCGAAGUCGUCCCGCUGAUCCGCGGCAUCCAGCAAGCCGACCGCAUGCGCAACAUCUCGCGCACCUUCUCGCUCGAAUCCUACCCCGCGGACGAAGCCACCCUCGACGAGAUCAUCGACACGCCGGAGCUGCAGAGGCGCGCCGGCGACGACAUGACGCGCGUCCAGGCGCAGCUCAUGAUGCGCAAGGGCGACAAGUCGUCCAAGCCGCUGCAGUACACGUACGAGGCCGCCGACUGCAGGAUCUUCUACACGCACGAGAGCUUCGCGGAUCCGGUGACCGCGUGGAAGCAGGUGUGGGGUGCGUUCUUGGAUCCGGAGAGCAAGUGCGUCAAGAACUCGACGGGGCACAAGAGUAGUCUUAGUGGAGGCUUCGUGCCGUAUGGACCUUGGACGUUGAAGGAUGAGGACUUGCCCAAGCCCGAGAGCACGGAGACGAGUGAAGAGGCUGCGAAAGGAUCGCCAGAGGGGACCGAUUUUGAAGGCGUGGGGAGCAGAGAGGGUGCGUCGGUGAUUGCGUUAUUCGCGACGGUCGCUAUUAUGUUGAUGCAGUUGUAA